UGGAUGGAUGGAUGGAGUUCGCUGAUGGCCACAGAAGCUACCGAAGCCACAGCUCCAGACGACAUCGUGGAUUAUUAGCGAGCGCAACUGGCGGACGCGUUUCAGUCGCUUUUUCAAGCGCGCGCAGCUCAAACGCAUCGAAAAAAACCUCUCGCAUUCGCUAAUUUAUUUUCUGUGAUCACUUUGUGGUUUUUGUGUUGCUAUUUAUUUUGAUGUGUGGGCCCAGACAAUGAGGAAUCUUUGCUGGCUACUUGCUGUUCCCAUGGCAAUUCUGCCCUUGGGCUGUGCCAUUGUGGGUGCAGGACGGGAUCUGCUGCUGACGCCCAAGCAGGGACUUCAGCUGACGGGCAAGCGCAUUUUCUACGAGGAGCCGGCGGAGGAGAGGGUGCAGAACCAGAACCACAGGCGGAAUCCUUUGGAGCGUCCCUGGGAGCGAACCCUGAAGCAUGUGACCUAUGUGACCCUCUUUACGGAUGCGGCACUUGGCGCAGCGGGCGGAAACCUGAGUCAGCUGCAUGAGUAUCACGACUUCCUGCAGACGCCCUAUAUUCCAGCGGACGGCCAGGGAGGAGGAUCGCCGGUGGGCGGAGGAGCGCCAUCCACGCGCUUCGGUGAUAUCGUAACCCUGGCCAAGGGCUAUCUGGAGCAGAUGGGACCGGAAACGGGAAAUGCAUCCUAUCGCUUUCUGGAGGGCGGCACUUGCUUCCAACUGAAGUGCCCCACCUCGAAUCCCAAUCAGCGACGGCGUGCCUUGUGGCAGGUGCAGCGCAUCCGUCAUCGGGAGGGCGACAAGGGUCGCAGUCACUACCACUACGAGAUGAAGUUCAGUGUGACGCCGCUGGAGAACAAAGCAUGGCAGGUGCACCAGCAGAUGAGCUACAUUCAGAAGGAGUCCGAUUAUCCAGCUAGUUUCGGGCGAUUGACCCACGAUCAGGGUUUCGCCCAAAGGCGCCAGGAUCGGGAGAGAUAUGGGGCAACGGGAGCAGCUGGAGCAGCUGGAACAGCCGGCAACGGGGAGCAAUCGCAGGCCACCUUUGUCCAUGGCAUAUUCCAGCCUGCACCGCCGCCUAAACUCAACAUUGGUGAGUACCUAAAGGGGGCGGUCCAGGCCCAAGGGAGUCCCAAAAUCGAGCUAUUUCCGGGUCUGUUCAAUCUGGGACUGCGUCCCAAUUAUGUGGCGCCCACCACCUUUCGGCCCAACUAUCCGGCGGCAUUGAAAUUCGGCACUCAUCCGGAACUGGAGCGGUUUCCUCCCAGUCACAACGGCAAUGUGGCUGCUCCUGGCGAGGUGGCAUCCACUGCGGGCGCCGUGACCCAUCAUUUCCAUCAUCAUUUCUAUGUGGCACCUGGAGCGGAGCACCCAGAGCACCCUUACCGCUUGCCCGCAAGCUCUUCUCCUCGUGAACCCAGCACUCCUCCCCAUCCAGUCACUGGUUUCUAUGCCCAUCAGCAGACAGUACAGUUUCCCAACUCCAAUUCGGGUUCGUCGGAAUCUCUGGAAGAUCAGGAACAGGACUUGCUGCUGCGUACGCCGCAGAUUUAUGGCCAGGCCUCCAAAUACCAGACGGCCAAGCUGCCACCGCUGCUGAUCUAUGCAGGCGGUGGUAGUCCUGGCGAUGAUGAGGACAAAUCCUUUGUGCAAAGCGAACCGCUGGAGGAGACAGUCUAUCGUUACUCCGAACCGGAUCCCUUGUAUGUGCACCAGAAUCCCAUCGAUGUGCUGCAUGAUAAGCCGCCAGCGGGUGAGAAGAUCGAAGGGGGGCAGGAUCAGCAGCAGGAGAGCCAUCCCCAGGAUGCUGACUUGGACUUGGAGGGCAAGAGCACAACUGCAGCACCUACGACCCCGGCAGCCACAACUCCCACAACCACCGAUGCAGCCACGACCACACAGGCUAGCCCCACGACCAGUAGCUCCAGUUUCGUGUCCACCUCCACGCACUUCAGUCCCCUGCGCUCCAUAAGUCGCUAUCGGACCACGCCCAAGAUCACGGCAGGUCGGUCCACCACUACCACCACUUCCACCAGCACGGAGCCACCGCUCAGCAAGUGGGCCAAGCGGCGCAAGGAGCAGGACAGCAAGGGCAAGAGCAGUCUGCGGCAUGAGGCCAUCGUCAGCAGCACCACCUCGAGCAGCACCACCAGCACUAGCACCACUACUACUACUACACAAAAGCCUACUACUACCACUACACAAUCUACUGCGCCACCGGCAGCACCAGUAGCUCCUCCACCACCUCCUCCGCCCAAGGAAGUGGUGGAGGUGCUCACCCAGAAGUCGGUUAGCCGAUCCGUAAGCAUCAAGGUGGGCGAGAACGGCGAGGAGAUACCCAUCUUUGUGGACGACGAGGAGAACGAGGUGAAGCCAGUACCAACUAAUCACUAACAGUCCACUCUUGAAUCAUACUUACUUAUGUGUAAGCCUAGUCGUAAGCAGAGAUAAUCCCCAACAAAUAAACGCUAUU